CUGUCGUCUUACUUCCGGGUUGUCCUUCUUGCAUAAGAAGGACAAUUUUCGUCUUUAUGUAACGAUUGAGUGUAACUUUUGAGUUCAUUUUUACGUUUUUAAGAUUCUAGACAUGCAGAGUGUAGAAGCAGCGAAUAUGUUGUUCCGAUCUCUCCGACUUUUGAGAGAAACGCCGAUCCAAAUCAUGCCGGUACGUCUUCAGUCAAACGCCACAACAAGGGUCAACACAACUGCAAAUUUUCACUUCGUACCAGUAAGCGAUCCCGCCGACUUACAAGACGUAGAGGAGCUUCAAGACUUCGUGAGUACGUCUAAGAGGCUUUUUGUCAUCACCGGAGCCGGUAUAUCCACUGAGUCGGGGAUUCCAGACUAUCGAUCGGAGGGGGUUGGUCUGUACGCCCGGAGUGACAACCGUCCUGUCCAGUAUGCAGACUUCCUCAAAAGCGGUGCCAUACGGCAGCGGUACUGGGCUCGGAACUACGUCGGGUGGCCCAAGUUUUCCUCCUUCUCGCCUAACAUUUCUCACGAGACGCUGAGCGGCUGGGAAGCGGUCGGUAAGUUGCACUGGUUGGUCACACAGAACGUUGACUCUCUUCACAUCAAAGCUGGGAGUAGGAAAGUCACGGAGCUUCACGGGAGCGCUGCUCGGGUGAUGUGUCUAUCCUGCCCGUCUGUCAUACCUCGUACCGACAUGCAGACACGGAUCAAACAUCUAAACCCACUAUGGCACGCGGAGUCCCAGGAAAUGGCGCCGGACGCAGACGUGUUUUUAGCGCCGGAACAGAUCGCAGGUUUCAGGGUGCCAGAGUGCGAGAAGUGUGGAGGGAUUUUGAAGCCACAGAUCGUGUUUUUCGGAGACAACGUCCCCAAGCCGACCGUACAGUACGUGCACAAGAUGUUAGAAGAAUCAGAUGCCAUGCUAGUGGCGGGAUCUUCUCUUCAGGUAUACUCAGCCUACAGGUUUGUAUCUGCUGCGCGUGACCAGAAGAAACCAAUCGCUGUCCUGAACAUCGGGCCGACUCGUGGGGACAAGCUGGCUGACCUCAAGGUCAGCGCUCGAUGUGGAGAUGUGCUACCUCAGAUUCACCUAUGACCCCUGACCUGAAGGUCUGCAAACGGUGUGAUGUACUGCCCCAGAUUCACCUAUUACCCCUGACCUCAAGGUCAGCACAGUGUGGAUAGGUGCUGCCCCAAAUUCACCUAUAACCCCUAACCUCAAGAGACUUGCUGCUGCUGACUCACCUAUGACUCCUAACCUCAAGAGACUUGCUGCUAGAGACUCACCUAUGACCCCUAACCUCAUCUUCAGCACAGUGUGGAUACAUACUGCAGCCGAUUCACCUAUGACCCUAGCAUUAAGGUCAACACCCAGUGUAGAGACAUGCUGCCCCAGAGGCACCCAUGACCCAUAAACUAUCUAGCCUGGGUGUCCAUCCUAGUUGCCAGUAGUAUACUGGGGCUCCAGUACGCCCUCCUUACCAAGCCUGGUAAACUAACUAGAAUUUCACCCAGUCUAUGAGCUGACAUGCUUACCAUACAGAUUUGAAACUGUCAGACACUGCAAUAACAGAGAUGAAUUUAUGUGAAUAAAGCAGUAACAAAUUCAAACUUUGAUAUUGUAGUUUUGUCCUGAUUACAUCUUUUACUUUAGGUGCUGUAUUUGAUUGUAAUUUUUUUUUCAUUUGAAAUUAUGAAUAUUUUACAACAGUUGUCCUAGUUAUGGAUAUUAUUUUGGUAUGUCAUAGGAUUGUUGUGGCAAUCUGUGUAUGUGUAAGACUUCUCUAAGUAAAAUUUGUAUAAUUUAUGAAAACAACAACUUAUCAUGUAGUCAAACCUAUGCAUAACUGGAUCAACAACCAGUACACUAUACAAUCACAACCAACAUAGCAUGUCGAUGACCAUCGGUUACCUUCCUCGUGGCAAUAACGACUGGUUCUGAUAGGUGUCGCUGUUUACAAUGUUGUCAUGUAUAGACUAUUGACUGUGAAUAAAGAACCUUAUUAUCCAGUGGUUUUCUAACCUAAUUAAAUUAUUCAUGGAUAUACAAACCUCAGAGGUAUUGUCAAGAGUGCAACACAGUACUCAGGGAUCAAUUAAAGUUACUAAAUGCA